UGCAUUAGCCGCCCCAGUCUCCUGCCUUCGUGGUUUCCCUCCCUUCCUGACCUCUAAACCUGAGCUUUUGACUUGCUCGUAGGGACAAAAGAAGAAGGCGAUCGUGAAAUUACCAGUAGCCGGGAUAGUCCCCCGGUGAGAGCGAAGAAGCCCCGCAAAGCGCGGACGGCCUUCUCGGACCAUCAGCUCAACCAGCUGGAGCGGAGCUUCGAGCGGCAGAAGUACCUGAGCGUGCAAGACCGCAUGGACUUGGCGGCCGCCCUCAACCUGACCGACACCCAGGUCAAAACCUGGUACCAAAACCGGAGGACCAAGUGGAAGCGGCAAACGGCCGUGGGGCUGGAGCUGCUGGCCGAAGCCGGGAAUUAUUCGGCUCUGCAGAGGAUGUUCCCGUCGCCCUAUUUCUACCACCCCAGCUUGCUGGGCAGCAUGGACAGCACCACGGCCGCCGCGGCCGCCGCCGCCAUGUACAGCAGCAUGUACCGGACUCCGCCCGCGCCUCACCCCCAGCUCCAGCGCCCCCUCGUCCCCCGCGUGCUCAUCCACGGCCUGGGCCCCGGCGGGCAGCCCGCCCUCAACCCCCUGGCCAACCCCAUCCCCGGGACCCCGCACCCGCGGUGAAAGAAAGGCCCCCCCGCCC